CACUAGGCGGUAAUAAUACAGGCGCCGCAGGCUCACACCCUAUUACCUUUCUACCAACAAUACACAACACAACACACAAGACACAACACAAGCCGGCUUGAACAACCCAAUUUUCAACACGAAACAUUUUGCACGAGCACCUGUGCGGCAUCGGAAAAGGAUUCGCGAAAUUAACUGUGAUAUUUUUAAACAAUUCUACCCGCCGGCCAAUUUAUAUUUAUUUAUUUAAGCGGCCCGCAUGUAAAUAGAUAUAUAGAUAUAUACAUAUAUAUAUAUCGUAUCGAACCAAUUGCCGACGGUUCGGUUCGCUUCGGUUUUUCUGAGCAGUGCGGCGUUUUCCCUCGCUCCUUAACUUUCAUCGCUUCAGCUAUUUUCGGUUUUAAUUUGUGCAAAUAUUUAACUUUACUUAAGUGUGUCUCUGGCCCCUCACCUUAGCUGGCUUGAAAAAAAAAAAAACAAUCGGCAACAAAACAUAAAAAAAAAAACAGAAAACCGAGAGAAUUAUAAAAAAAUGUUCACCAACAAUAACAACAAAGUCGGCAGCAGCGACAAAAGCAGCAAUCGGUUGUGAAAAAACUCAAUUUGCCCAAGAGUGUGAAGGAUUUUCAAAUAUUUACCCUCGUCUACGAUCUUCAUUAACUGCGUACCAGGAACUAGGGACGCGUCUCCCACACUUUGUAGAAUUCAUUGCUACCAACCGGAUCGGUUUUAUAUAUACACAUCAUUUCAAUACGCCAACUAUCAGCCAGAGAUUAAAACAAUCUAAAUGUACGCCUCAAUGUUGCCCAGUUUGCUAAAUAUGAAAACGGAGAAUCUGACUAACUCAAGCUACGACGAUGCAUUUCUUCUGGAAGAAAAUCUUCUGCAUAUAAUGGAAUCGGAGAGCCACCUAAUGCACGCGGAUGCCCUGGCCUCUGGCUACCCGGCUGCCUCGCAGCCCCACAGUCCGAUUGGCCACGCCCUCAGCCCCAAUGGCGGUGGGCUGGGGUUAAGCAACAGUAGCAACCAGAGCAGCGAGAACUUUGCGCUCUGCAACGGAAACGGAAACGGGAAUGCGGGCAGCGCAGGAGGCGGAAGUGUCGGCAGUGGCAGCAACAACAACAACAGCAUGUUCUCGCCCAACAACAACCUGAGCGGAAGUGGGGCCAGCAGCAGCCAGCAGCAAUUGCAGCAGCAGCAGCAACAACAGCAAUCACCGACGGUCUGCGCCAUUUGUGGAGAUCGGGCGACGGGGAAACACUACGGGGCCUCCAGCUGCGACGGCUGCAAAGGAUUCUUUAGGAGGAGUGUCCGGAAAAACCAUCAGUACACUUGCAGGUUUUCGCGCAACUGCGUUGUGGACAAGGACAAGCGGAACCAGUGCCGCUACUGCCGUCUGAGGAAGUGCUUCAAGGCGGGCAUGAAGAAGGAGGCGGUGCAGAAUGAGCGGGAUCGAAUCAGUUGCCGACGGACCUCCAAUGACGACCCGGAUCCGGGCAACGGGCUGUCUGUGAUCUCCUUGGUCAAGGCGGAGAAUGAGUCGCGCCAGUCCAAGGCAGGCGCUGCCAUGGAGACAAACAUAAACGAGGACCUCUCCAACAAGCAGUUCGCCAGCAUCAACGAUGUCUGCGAGUCGAUGAAGCAGCAGCUGCUGACCCUGGUGGAGUGGGCCAAACAGAUUCCGGCCUUUAACGAACUGCAGUUGGAUGAUCAGGUGGCCCUGCUACGCGCCCAUGCUGGUGAGCAUCUGCUCCUCGGCCUAUCGCGUCGAUCAAUGCACUUGAAGGAUGUUCUCCUGCUGAGCAACAACUGUGUGAUCACUAGACACUGUCCAGAUCCUCUUGUGUCACCAAAUUUGGACAUUUCGCGGAUCGGCGCGCGCAUUAUCGAUGAACUGGUGACGGUUAUGAAGGACGUGGGCAUCGAUGAUACGGAAUUCGCUUGCAUCAAGGCCCUAGUCUUCUUUGAUCCUAACGCCAAGGGUCUAAAUGAACCGCAUCGCAUCAAAUCGCUUCGGCAUCAGAUACUCAAUAAUCUCGAGGACUACAUAUCGGAUCGGCAAUACGAGUCGCGCGGUCGCUUUGGCGAGAUCCUGCUCAUCCUGCCGGUUCUGCAGUCUAUUACCUGGCAGAUGAUCGAGCAGAUCCAGUUUGCCAAGAUCUUCGGAGUGGCCCACAUUGAUUCAUUGCUGCAGGAGAUGUUGCUGGGAGGAGAGUUGGCUGACAAUCCUCUGCCGCUAUCGCCGCCCAAUCAGUCAAAUGACUACCAGAGUCCUACCCACACAGGCAACAUGGAGGGCGGUAGUCAGGUUAACUCCUCUCUGGACUCGCUGGCCGCGUCUGGUGGUCCUGGCACGCAUAGUUUAGACCUUGAGGUGCAGCACAUCCAGGCUCUUAUCGAGGCGAACAGUGGGGAUGAUUCCUUCCGGGCCUACGCGGCCAGCACUGCAGCGGCAGCCGCAGCCGCCGUCUCGUCCUCCACCUCUGCACCCGCAUCCGUUGCCCCAGCCGCGAUCUCUCCUCCGCUUAAUAGCCCCAAGUCACAACAUCAGCAUCAACAACAUGCGACGCACCAGCAACAACAGGAGAGCUCCUACUUGGACAUGCCUGUCAAGCACUACAAUGGCAGUCGGUCCGGACCGCUGCCAACGCAGCACAGUCCCCAGAGGAUGCAUCCCUACCAAAGAGCGGUCGCCUCGCCGGCGAAAGUAUCCAGCGAGGGUGGCGGAUUGGGUCUGCGCAAUCCUGCCGACAUUACGCUCAACGAGUACAACCGAAGCGAGGGCAGCAGCGCCGAGGAGCUGUUGCGACGGACUCCACUGAAGAUCCGGGUUCCUGAGCUGCUAACCGCACCCGCUGGAUAUGGAAUGGAGCCCUGUCGCAUGACACUUAAACAGGAGCCAGAGACUGGUUACUAGAAGAAUAACGAAAGGUGCAAUAUGCAGUUUGCAAUAGUACACCCUUUAAGCACACAAACCACAAACACAUACAGGCCCUCUCUUGCUGUACUCCCCACCAAGUGCUAUAUGGAGAUGAAAUUGAAUUGAAGAACUUACUUAAUUGUUAUGCCUUGAACCAUUUUGAUACUUUUUAUUAGUCCCUAAGUAGGUAUUUUGGAAAUUGUUGCUUAAUUUUUAAAUGUUCAACGCAGUUGCAAUCUAUUUUUGGAGUCAUAUUUUGCUCAAGAAGUUUAUUAUAUACAAUUAUACUAUAUAUACACCAUUUAGCAUGUACUGAGUUUGUUGGUUAUUUGGUUAUCUUAUACUUGUGCGUGGAUCACAAAACAUUCAUAUAGGCCAUGCAAUAUAUUGUUUUAGGUUAGGGUGUUGUCUAGAUUAUGCGCUGAAAGUGUAAUAUAUAUUUAGUUUUAAACAAAGAACUAUUUUUAUAUGAAUAUGUAUAAUAUACAAAAUAUUUCUAAGAUGGCUGAAUGAAUAAAAACAAAAACAAAAUAAACAGUGGAGAAUAUGAAUG